UUCGAUUGACGUAUCGGUCAAAACAACUGAAAUCAGAUUUAGUAUUAUUCUUAUUACUAUUAUUAUAAUCCCAUCUAUAUAAUUCUCUUUCCCACAAACCACAGCAGACAUCAAAAAUUUCAGAAAGAGUGUGAAGAAAUCAACAGACCAACGAAACAAAAAAAAACACCACACAUCUCCCUCGCUCUUUCUCUCAUCCCAAUUCUUUAAUUUUCUGUAUCUAUACUGGACAUGUGCAAACAGGGGCUCCACUCCCCUGCAUCAAAACCAGCCAUGUUCAGGAUCACUGAUUACGGAGUUUUUGUGGCGAAUGGGUUUGAUCCGUGCUUGAACCUCUAGUGCAGUACCAAUACCAAUCUAUAAAUUUGAACACUAAUUGUUGAAUUGGGGAUCGUUAAUUGGUACUGGGAUGUGUUUGGUUGUUUGGUGUAGUUGGUGAAAAGGUUUUAGCUAUGGAGAAUUCGAAAAAGUUUAAUAUGGAAAAGAAAUGGGUAUUCCCUCUGGUUAUAAGCUCACUCAUAUUUGUAUUCUUUUUCGCAACCUCAUUCAACAUGGGUCUUGUUUCAUCACUACGCAAGAUCAAUUCGAUUAUAUUGCUUUUCCCCCCGCGUAAUUCAAUGAAUCAAACAAGUCCACUGUUCGCGGAAGACAAGGUCAUGCACGGUCCACCACCUCCUCCUCCCGGCCCUUCCAUUCCUCGUUUUGCCUAUCUGAUUUCUGGGUCUAGGGGUGAUUUGGAAAAGCUCUGGAGAACCCUUCGGACCCUUUAUCAUCCAUUGAACCAUUAUGUUCUUCAUUUGGACCUAGAAUCGCCUGUGGAAGAGAGAUUGGAACUUGCUUCCCGAGUGGAAAAAGAUUUGGUUUUUGCUAAGGUCGGGAAUGUUUACAUGAUCACCAAAGCUAAUAUGGUUACUUAUAGAGGGCCAACCAUGGUUGCCAAUACACUUCAUGCUUGUGCUAUACUUUUGAAGAGAAGUAAAGAUUGGGAUUGGUUUAUUAACCUCAGCGCUUCAGAUUAUCCUCUAGUGACUCAGGAUGAUCUUAUUUCUGCUUUUUCUGAUGUAAACCGAGAGCUGAACUUCAUUGAGCACACAAGCCGUCUUGGUUGGAAGGAGAAUCAAAGAGCAAUGCCUUUGAUUGUUGAUCCUGGGCUCUACCGAUCAACGAAGCAAGAUAUAUAUUGGGUCAGUCCACGGAGAGCUUUGCCAACAUCUUUUAAACUGUUUACCGGUUCAGCAUGGAUGGUUCUCUCGCGCUCAUUUGUGGAAUAUGUAAUAUGGGGUUGGGAUAACCUUCCGAGAGUCCUACUCAUGUACUACACCAAUUUUGUGUCUUCUCCUGAAGGCUAUUUCCAGACAGUCAUAUGCAAUGUGCCCGAUUUUGCUCACACUGCAAUCAACCAUGACAUGCACUACAUAUCUUGGGACAACCCACCCAAACAGCACCCCCACACCCUCUCUCUCAAUGACACUGCCAAAAUGAUCGCCAGCGAUGCUGCUUUUGGUCGCAAGUUUGGGCAAGACGACACAGUUCUUGACAAGAUUGAUAAGGAAUUGCUCGGGCGGAGAAAUGGGAGUUUUACGCCGGGUGGUUGGUGUGGUGGUAAACCGAGAUGCUCCAAGGUUGGAAACCCUAGGAAGCUUAGACCGGGCCCUGGAGCUCAAAGGCUUCGCCGUCUCAUAGGUAGGUUACUCUUACAAGCUAAGUAUAAGCAAAAUCAAUGUACAUAGGAUUCCUUGAAAGAUUGUAGGUUUGCAGAUUGGGAAAUGGCAAAUGGAGAUGUGUUGGUUCAUCAAUCAUCCCACAAGCCCUAGAGUUGAUAGGGGAAUAUUGUAUCCCAUAGAGGACUUAUUUUGGGAAAAGGGUUACUAGCACCAAUGUUUUUAGGCUAUAUGACAUUCAAAAUAACUAGUCGUUGCUUUCUCAAUGAUUCAGAUAAUUCUUUCCCGCCA